AUGAGUACGAACUUGGAGGAGCAGGAAGACGAGCUGCUUGCACUACAGAGUAUUUUUAGUUCGGAUGAGUUUGUCCGGGAUGAGUCAAAACCUGCCGGAGAAAUCCGAGUGUCUGCGGAGAUACCAGCAGAUUUCAUUGUCUCUCUGAAAGACGGUACCACACCCAGGCAGUAUAACAUUGCUUUCCUCCCUCCUCUGUUUCUGACCUUUGAAUUUCCUGAGGACUACCCUUCCACUUCCCCUCCCUCCUUCAACCUCACCUGCAGCUGGCUCAGUUCCACUCAGCUGACUUCUCUCAGUGCCCAGCUUGUCGAGCUCUACCAGGCCACUGGGGGCGCUGUGGUGCUGUUCUCCUGGAUACAUUUUCUGAAAGAAGAUGUCCUGAAACUCCUGGACAUCUACGCUUUGCUGGAGCUACCUUCUGAUGAACGCAGUUCUCUGCAGAUUACUCAAUGCAAAAAGCCCUCAGAGGCUAAUAAUGAUGAACACACUCCAAAGCCACAUCUUUGUGGAGCAGACCAGCUGCUGCCAUCUGGAGAAAUUCAGCAGAAUUCUUCCCAGGGAGCUUCAGGGCUGGACUCCUGCGAGGCUGACCAACAUGAUUUCACUUCCUACGUCAGUCAGAUCAGCUUAAACUCAGAUUAUCCAAAAACUCUUUCUUUGGAGACUGUCGCUGCUCAUGCACCAGAUUUGAAAGCUUUCCAAUGUUCUGAAUUUAAGGUUGACUGCCAGGAUGAUCCCUUCUUAGCUGUUGGCAAAUCUGAACUCAUUCCAUUUCUCCAGUCUGACAGAAUUAGUGAGGAGGAUGUCUUAAACGAAGGGAAUCUUUCAGAUUCAGCGUUGGCUCCUUCAACUUCCUCAAACCAACUGCAUCCAUGUAAUCAGGCAGUAGCCUCUUUAUCACCCCCCCUUUCAGAUUCAUCUCCAAAAAAAGCCUUAAACCUAUCUGGUCUGUCUUUAACUCCAUCACAACUUCUGCUGUCCCAGAUUUUAAUCCAUGACGCGGCACAGAAGCAGAAAGUGUUUGACACUACGGUGUUUGAGUGUGGUGUCUGUUUUAUGAGUUGGCUUGGGUCAGACUGUGUGCAGCUGUAUGGGUGUGGUCACAUCUUCUGCCGGGCCUGUCUCAGGGAGUUCUGUCACGUCCAGAUAACAGAGGGAAACGUAAAAGGUGUCACCUGUCCUCAGGCAGACUGCACAGCGACCCCGACACCUUCACAGGUGAAAAACCUUGUUGGAGAGAAGCUAUUUAGCCGAUAUGAUCGUCUUCUUCUUCAGUCUACACUUGACAGCAUGUCUGAUGUUACGUAUUGUCCUCGGACUUCUUGUGGUUCGGUUGUGAUUGGGGACCAGUCCAGCAGAGCAGCUUUAUGUUCUGUGUGCAGCUUCGCCUUCUGUGUCAACUGUAAAAAGACCUACCAUGGAACAAACAAGUGUGAUGAAGAGAUGGAUCUAACUAACGAGCAGAUUAGUCAAGGUGCACUGCAAGUCCCACUGUCAGACGAGGGGAUCAGGGCUCUUCUGGAUGACUAUAAUACCGGCAGUAAACAAAGGAGACGCCUUCUGGAGAGCAGAUAUGGCCGCAAAACGUUAAAAUCAAGUUUAGAUUCAGUUCUGAGUAACAAGUGGAAGGCUAUCAAUACCAAGGCCUGUCCUGACUGCUUCUGCCCAAUAGAGAAGGACGGCGGAUGUAACCACAUGCGUUGUACUCAUUGUAAUCAUUCAUUCCUCUGG